CAGUCACAAGACCUCGGUAGCAGCGCGGAGUGUGUGACGCUGCUUCACACACACACACACACACACACACACACACAGUGUUAUGUAGUGUCUCUGAAAGGCAGAACUGGCACUAUGGCUGCGAAGAACCAGCACUUACGCGUGUUUUGGAGCGGAAGAGGCGACUGUUGUGUGUGAUGUUUGUUACGCUUAGAGAUCACGUACAGGCACAAAGCUCCCUCGAGCCUUUUACGUUACUUCAGCGCGCGUGGCGGUUGUUGUCGGCGGCGGCGGCAACCUCGUAGGACCGUUCGAACGUUAGCAAGUCAACAUUGUGCUUACAUAGCCGCUAAGCUAGCAGGUUCUGCUGGCUUGGCCGGGUUUGUUUGGUGGGAGCCGGGGGGGUUCGGGGAUGUUGUCCGUGCUGUCCUACGGUAGACUGGUUGCCAGAGCUGUGUUCGGCGGACUUUCUCAGACCGACGGCCGCGACUACAGCCUGGUGACCGCGAGCUGCGGCUUCGGGAAGGACUUCCGGAAAGGCAUCCUGAAGAAAGGGAUGUGCUAUGGGGACGACGCGUGCUUCAUCGCCCGACACAGAUCCGCAGAUGUUUUGGGUGUAGCAGACGGAGUAGGUGGCUGGCGGGACUAUGGAGUAGACCCAUCGCAGUUUUCGGGUACGCUAAUGAAGACAUGCGAGAGGCUGGUGAAGGAAGGACGCUUUGUCCCCAGCAACCCAGUGGGAGUCCUCACGACCAGCUACUACGAGCUGCUGCAGAACAAAGUGCCGCUGCUGGGCAGCAGCACGGCCUGCAUCGUGGUGUUGGACCGGCAGAGCCACCGGCUGCACACAGCCAACCUGGGAGACUCGGGCUUCCUGGUGGUCCGGGAAGGUGAGGUGGUCCACCGCUCCGACGAGCAGCAGCACUACUUCAACACGCCCUUCCAGCUGUCCAUCGCUCCCCCGGGGGCGGAGGGAGCCGUCCUCAGUGACAGCCCCGACGCAGCAGACAGCUCCUCCUUCGACGUGCAGCUGGGCGACAUCAUCCUCACCGCCAGCGACGGGCUCUUCGACAACAUGCCGGACUACAUGAUCCUGCAAGAGCUGAAGAAACUCAAGAACACAAACUAUGAGAGCAUCCAGCAGACGGCCCGGAGCAUCGCAGAGCAGGCGCACGUCCUGGCGUACGACCCCAACUACAUGUCGCCUUUUGCACAGUUUGCCUGCGACAACGGACUGAAUGUGAGAGGAGGGAAGCCGGACGACAUCACAGUGCUGCUGUCUAUAGUGGCAGAAUACACCGACUAGUCUGUGUGGAGCUGGGGGGGGGCCUGCCUCUGCAGGUGAUGGACUGCUUUGAUUCCUGCUGGCCAGGAUGAAGGAUUGAUGUCAGAUGCUUCCCCCAGCAUGCACUGCCUCAUCCCCCAGCUGACCAGCACCCCCUAAAGACCUCCUGCACGCCCACUCCUCUCUGAGGCUGAAUGAAGCGCCGACCUCUCGGCCCGGCUGCAGCGCUGUAAUCCUUUUUGCCGGGGAUGAGCAGCAGUCACUGUUGGAGAUGAGGAUCCCGUCUGACGGGGAUAAGCCGUCUGUUGCUGAUGGGCGGUGUGGGCAGGAGGAAGAUGAGGUGUGAGACUGUUAAAGCGGCCUCAUGCUGGGCAGGAAGGGCGAGAGGCAGCGUCAGGAAGGGAACUGCACAGGAGAUCACGGCAUUAGGAAGGGACGCACCGAUUGGGUAAUUCUGGGUCGACAGCGAUGUUCUAUGUUGUAGUUUCUUCCCCUCAUGUGUCAGGAAACCUUUCAUUACACUAUCUUUGAAUGAGCAUUAAUUAAAUCAUAAAGCUUAUGCAACAACCUUAACUUUAGCUGGGGGGGGGGGGGGUCGCAUGUCUGGAAAGAAACUCUCACAAACAGCACUUGUUGUAGUUCUAGUCUCACCAGAAAUAUCUAAAUCAACAUUUAGCUGGUGCAAAAUUGAUCUUAUUCAGGUCGAUGGCACUCAACACGGCGAAUAUCGAUCUUUGCCUGGUGAAUCGGUGCAUCCCUAAUAUUAGGGCUCAAUCCGUUAUCUGCCUUGUGCUCGCAGAGGUUUACCUAAACACAACGUAUCUGUCAAAAGGCCUUGACCUUGUGUGUGACCUUGUGUGUGACCUUGUGUGUGACCUUGUGUGUGACCUUGUGAGUGACCUUGUGUGUGUGACCUUGUGUGUGAGACCUUGUGUGUGGGUGCAGGGAGCUUACGUUUGACUGUAGGAUAUGACCUCUGUGCUGUCCUGGGAUGUUGUGUUUAAUAUUUGUAAAAACAAAAAGAGCGUAUGUGACACUCGGUGAUCCGAUAAGAUUUUAACAAAGAAAAGCAGCAGCUGCCGUUUCCACGCCGGUGCAGUUCAAGUCUCGCACAUUUUGUUACAUCAUGGCUAUUUAUAAAAGGCCAGAUAUGAACGGCGGCCUCCCUUUAAUCUCACAGCUGCUGCCGAAGUCUUGAUUGUGAUUGUGACGUGUGAAUAUGUGUGGAUGUGAAGUGGAGGCUACACUCCUCUCCCCCCGGGCUGAGUUGGUGUCGCAGCCUCAUCAACGCACAACGCUUAAGAAGCAUAUCUGAAAACGUCUCAACACGCUUGUGGAAGUUGGUCAGGUGACCAAAUGUACUUUUUAAAUGUCUUUGUUCGGUGAGAUUGAUCACGGCGUCGGUAGCUUUAGAAACGAUCAGCGUUUCCUUCUCCGGCUGUCGCGCUCCAGCGGCACAUUCACGAGUCGCUGCAUGUCACAAAUGUAUUUCAGGUUUUAAGAAUUUAAGACUUCAAACUUUUUAAAAUCAAAAAUGUGGAUUAAAACUCAAAGUGCAAAGAGUUUAACUUAAAACUUUAAAUAAUUUAGACUUUAAUUGCAAAAUUCAAAUACACUUAUCACGUGACCUCAACACUAUUUCCAACUUUCACGCAGUUAAAGAAACGUCUCCCGGUCUGUAAGAUGUGCCUUGCGUCAGGUGUCGUAGAUACUGGCACACGUCCGUGAGUCCUUAAACCCUGACUGUGUGCCAGGUGCUGAGCACAAAGUAGCAUGAACAGUUUUCCCAUCAUGCACUGCGGUCUUAACACCAGCUUUUUGUCACCUGCAGUAGUUCUUUCUCCUGAAAUCUGCUUCUGUAGUCCGUCAGGAGGAUCUUAGGAAUAGUGAUAAAGCCAUUGCACGCUUAGAAGAUCCUCCUUGUGGAUCUUCAGAUCACCGUUUACAACCUGCACUAUCUGAUGGACUGUUUCCCGACCUGCAGGGUCAGGGGUCGUUUGGAAAGGAGGGCUGACGUGUCUGUUUUUGUGUCUAAUGAGAAGAACACUGUGUUUUGAGCGAGAGCGCUGCAACGAUCCUCUCCUCAAUGCACGUCCACUAAAGUUAUAGUUUUACUCGCUGACGGCUCAGAUUGUUCUAAGUGUCUGACAACAUGAUGUAAAGGAGCCGACAGACAAAUUAACUUUCUUAUUUAGUCUCUUAUUCUGAAAUCUGGCGUCUCAUCCACGUUGUCAAAAUCUGCUGAAUAUUCAGAAAAUCUUUUGGACAACGAAGUGACAGAAAGUAAAGAAAUACAUUUACUCCAGGACUGAAUGUACGAUUUGUCUUCUAUGCUACGUUCUGCUUCUGCUCCACUACAUUUAUUUAACAGCUUUAGUUACUUUAUUUUUAGAUUAUUUGCUAAUGCAACAUAUAAAUAAACUGUAGUUAUGUGUUAAGAUAUCCAUCAGCAGUUUACAAAGUAAUUAAAAAGAUCUCCACCAGCUGUGAUGAACACAUUAAUGCAUCAACACUUCCAGCGUCGUCUUCCUCCAACAAGAGCGGAUCAAGUGUGAAGCAGAACGCUCCAUAAUGUUGUCCGACGUCACAAUCUGAGCCGGUCAGCGCUAAAAGCAAACUGUUUAUUGGACCGUCAUUGCAGCGCUCUCUCUCAAUACUGCACCAGAACAUGGGAAACAUGGUCCAGGUUUAAAACCAAGGUCACCUUUAAGUGUUCCAGGACUGAGGACAAUCGAAGCGGCCUCAACAACAUUACGACGCCGUUUUCCCAGUCGAGAAGGUGCUGCUGGUCCUGACUCACCUGCCCUCGCUCACCUUUCAAACCCUUUGUUACAAACCGCACGUGUCUGUAUAUAUUCUGUGUGUACAGUUCAAAGACGAUCUAAGACAUUUUGAAUCUGUACGAUAUUUAAAUAAAGAGUAUAGUAUUUAUUA